AUGCCGAGCUUCCAGGAGCUGCUGGAGCCCUGGGGGCUGGCUGCGUCCUACCUCGGGGCUGGGGCUCGGCUGGUGACGGUGCUGAGAACCCACCUGGCUCAGUGCACCCAGGAGCCGCAGGAAGAUUUUCGGCCCAAGGUGAAAGCUUCCCCCACGAAAUCGGGGUCCGAGCCCCACCCCGACCUGCUGGUUUGUUCCGUGACAGGGUUUUACCCCGGGAGGAUCGAGAUCAAGUGGCUGAAGAACGGGCAGGAGCAGACGGCCGGGGUGGUGUCCACGGAGCUGCUCCAGAACGGAGACUGGACCUUCCAGAUCCUGGUGAUGCUGGAGAUGAGCCUCCGGCACGGGGACGUCUACACCUGCCAGGUGGAGCACAUCAGCCUGCAGGGCCCCAUCGCCGUGCACUGG